GCAUUAAGUACACGCAUUACCUACACGGAUUCUUUCUUUUGAACCUUUAGCUGUAAUUUCCAUGUAAUGAUGUAGAACAAAACGGAAGAAACCACGCUGUCUCUCUCAGAUUUAUAUUGUACCAUAAUAAGGCCAAAAUAAGGAAUACAAAUCUAAUAACAUUCCGAAGUUAUAAAACGAAUGCUCAUCAAAGCUCUACUCCCUCGCUGAAAACUCAAUCCGAAAGAGAUGGAAUGAGCUGAUAAAGGUGUCAUUUUGCAGCCUAGUGAUAAAAAAGGUGUGUGUACAACUCUUAGCUAAAACUCAUGGCUUUAGGGAAGUAUUCCCGGGUUGAAGGGAAGAAAUCCUCUGGUUACUGUUCAACUGUCAGUAUAGUCGUUUUUGUUGCCUUUUGUUUAGUAGGAAUAUGGAUGUUUAUGUCAUCAGCAGUUCCAGUUCAGGAUCAACAAUUACAAUCUGAGGAGACCACGAUUGAAGUAAAACGACAAGUAGUAAAUGAUGGUAAUUCUAAGCAAUUUGAAGAUAGUUCUGGUGACUUACAAGAGGACGCAACAAGGACAACUGAUAGCAGUGGGGUUGAUUCUCAAACAGUUGUGGAAACCCAAGAAGAAACGAGUUCAAAGGAAGAAGCUGAGGCGGAGACUGAAUCUCAAAAUGUUUCUGAUGAGAAAACAGUGUCUGAAGAUGACAAUGCUAAUUCAGUUAAUGGAGAUUCAGACUCAGAAACUGGAGAAAAAGAGGAAGAAGUCAGCAGAGAUACUGAUGAAAGUGAGCAGCCUGAAUCGAAUGAGAAUGAGGAAAAUGAUGAUCAAACAAAGCAAAAAGACGAAAUGGUUAGACAGACAGAAGAGAAGGAUGAGAAAAAUCAGGAGAGUGAUUCAGAACAAAGUGAUGGUGGGGAUAAUAAGGAAAGCCAGGAAAAAGUUGAUGUUGCAGAACUUUUGAAGGAGCGCAAUGUUGAGAAUGGGGCGUGGUCAACUCAAGUUGUCGAAUCAGAACAGGAGAAAUCAAAACAAGAUUCCGUAUAUCAGAACCAAAACGACUAUGAUUGGAAACUUUGUAAGGUCACGGCAGGGCCUGACUAUAUCCCUUGUCUGGACAAUUGGCGAGUUAUCAGGAAUCUUCGGAGCACAAAGCACUAUGAACACCGAGAACGGCACUGCCCUGAUGAAUCUCCCACUUGUCUUGUUGCUCUACCUGAAGGAUAUAAACGCCCAGUCAAGUGGCCUGCAAGCAGGGACAAGAUUUGGUACCGCAACGUUCCUCACAGUAAGCUUGCAGAGGUCAAGGGGCAUCAGAAUUGGGUUAAACUAACUGGUGAAUACCUUACCUUUCCAGGGGGCGGAACCCAGUUUAAGAAUGGUGCUCUCCACUACAUUGAUUUCAUUCAGAAAUCUCUCCCUAAGAUUAGGUGGGGAAAAAGAAGCCGUGUGAUUUUGGAUGUAGGGUGUGGGGUGGCCAGCUUUGGAGGUUACCUAUUUGAAAGAGAUGUUUUGGCAAUGUCAUUUGCUCCCAAGGAUGAGCAUGAAGCACAAGUACAAUUUGCUCUCGAACGUGGGAUCCCUGCUAUAUCAGCUGUCAUGGGUACCAAGAGACUGCCCUUCCCUGGUUCUGUCUUUGAUCUUAUCCACUGUGCACGCUGUAGGGUUCCUUGGCAUGUUGAAGGCGGUAAACUUUUACUAGAACUGAAUCGUGUCUUAAGACCUGGUGGUUACUUUGUUUGGUCUGCUACGCCUGUUUAUCAAAAGCUUCCUGAGGAUGUUGGCAUUUGGAAAGCAAUGUCCAGAUUAACAAAAUCAAUGUGCUGGGAUCUGGUUGUGGUUAACAAGGAUAGAUUAAAUGGAGUGGGUGCAGCAAUCUAUAGAAAAACCAUUUCUAAUGAGUGCUAUUCGAAUAGAUCACGAAACGAGCCUCCAGUCUGCAGUCUUUCUGAUGACCCUAACGCUGCCUGGUAUGUGCCACUCAAGGCAUGCAUGCAUGAAGUGCCAGAGGAAGAAUCAAAGCGUGGAUCUCGUUGGCCUGCAGAAUGGCCUUCAAGACUGGAAAAAGCUCCUUAUUGGUUAAAUUCUCAGGUUGGUGUUUAUGGUAAAGCUGCGCCAGAAGAUUUUGCUGCAGACUAUAAGCACUGGAAAAAUGUAGUCUCUCAGACCUACUUGGAAGGAAUGGGAAUCAGCUGGUCCUCUGUGAGGAAUGUCAUGGACAUGAAAGCUGUGUAUGGAGGAUUUGCUGCUGCACUUAAAGACUUGAAAGUAUGGGUUAUGAAUGUGGUCCCAAUUGAUUCUCCGGACACACUGCCAAUAAUCUACGAGCGUGGUUUGAUCGGGAUAUAUCAUGAUUGGUGUGAAUCCUUCAGUACAUAUCCAAGAUCUUAUGAUAUCCUCCAUGCAGAUCAUCUCUUCUCAGUGCUUAAAGACAGGUGCAAUCUAAGACAAGUUAUAGCAGAAGCCGAUAGGAUGUUAAGGCCUGAAGGGAAGCUGAUAGUACGAGACAAUGUUGAAACCAUAAACGAGGUUGAAAGUAUGGCCAAGUCUCUAAAAUGGGAUGUCCGCUUCAUUUUUUCAAAUGACAAGGAAGGUUUACUUUGCGUUCAGAAGUCAUUCUGGCGUCCCACAGAGACACAAGCGAUUUUGUCAACCAUUGUUUGAAAAUUAGUUUGCUUUGAGACCGUUCCAUUAUAAGGGUAAGGCUCCUUUUGUUUGGUCAGUCUUGCAUCUUGAUUAUAAGAUAAAUGAUCCCACAUGUUAUACUCUAGAGCACUCCCAUUAGCCCAUGUAAAAUAGUAUAUAGCUAAGUAGGAGUCCUAAACCGACACUCCAUGAGAUGUUUAUUUAUUUUUUAUUUUUUUACAUUUAUCAUAUUUAAGGGAAAUUUUUAUAAAUACAGUGUAAUUUCCACUAUAUUUAAUUAUUUUAUUUAUGUUAAAAGUAUGGCAGAUUAUUGGGGCCU